AUGUUUCACGUAUCAAAACUAGAGGUGAUCUUCAUGUCCCUUCGUGAUGUUGUCGUUUUGAGUGACAAUGAGAUGGUCAUCACGGACAUGAACAAACCGGCAGUAAAUUUUUUUGGCUGGUCUGUGGAUGAGGUGAAAGGGAAGAGUAUCACCUUUCUCAUUCCCACACACCCGCUUGAUGUGCAGGAUAGUCCAGUCACCCUCAUGGCUCGCUUGGCGAGCGGAAAGGAUGUGGUCGUCGUGAUCCAAACCACACGAGACCCACAUGGGGAGCUUGUGGCGUGGACCAUUUUACCGAUUUCCCUUCCUCAUGUGUAUGAAUUUGGUGUGCACAUGAACAUUCGUGCAGCCUUGGCUCCUAAGCUAUCCGUUUCUGAUCUGAAUUUUGAAGGGAGGCGUGUAUUUGUUCGGGUCGAUUUCAACGUGCCCUUUGACCAAAAAACGGGCCAGAUCCGUGAUGACAGCCGCAUAUGUGCAGCAAUCCCUACAAUUAAAAAAAUUAUGGGGGAGGGAGGCCGUGUUAUUAUCGGAUCGCAUUUAGGCAGGCCAAAGAAGCCCAACGAGGAACAAUCCCUGAGGCGCAUCCUACCACGCCUGAAAGAGCUUUUGGGCACGGAGGUUGGAUUUGUCUCUGAUGUAUUUAAAGCAGGCGAUGAGGUAAAUAAAAUGAAGAGCGGCGAAGUACUGCUCCUGGAGAAUCUACGCUUUUUUAAGGGAGAGGACAGUAAGAAGCCGGAGGAACAUAAAAGGAUGUCCCUAGCUCUUGCUUCCUUCAGCGACAUCUACGUCUGCGACGCCUUUGGUACGGUUCAUCGUGUGUCAGCGAGCAUGACUGGCAUUCCGCGUGCACUGGGGGCGGGCGUCACGGGUUAUCUGAUCGAGAAGGAGAUUAAGGCCAUCAAGAUGGUCAUGCUCAACCCGGCACAACCCCUUGUAGCUGUGGUUGGUGGGUCAAAGGUAUCUGACAAAAUUAAUGUGCUUGCCUCGAUCUUUAACUUCGCUCGAACUGUUGUGAUUGGAGGCUCCAUGGCUUUCACCUUCCUGGAGGCCAUGGGACAUAACCUAAGCGCCAGCAAAGUGGAGCGCGUCAUCAAGGAAAAAGGCUGCGUUGUGGAUCUGCAUGCCAAGGCACGCGAGCUUCUUGAGCUGGCCAAGAAAAAACAUGUUCAAAUCAUUUUGCCAGUUGAUCACAGUUGUGCAACUGGGUUCAGGGACGAAGAGCCACUGGUUACUAAGACUGCUGAUGUCCCGCCGAUGUACAUGGCUCUCGAUUACGGACCUAAAACGACUGAGCUAGCAGUCAAGGCAGUGAGGGAGGCCCGAACGUUGAUUUGGAACGGCCCCGUUGGCGUAUUUGAGUUUCCGAAUUUUUCCUCCGGCACGAUUGCUAUUGCGGAGGCCGUCAAGGCAAAUCGUGAGUUAGUUUCCAUUGUUGGUGGCGGCGACACGGCAGCCUCGACACAAGACUACCGACCCUACAUCACGCAUGUAAGCACCGGUGGGGGGGCCUUUUUAGAGCUUCUGGAGGGGAGAGCGCUGCCUGGUUUGGUAUGCUUAACAGCCAGGGCCUCUCCAAAACUCUAA